UCUUCAAACUUCCAUUUGGUACGGAGUCCAAGGAGACGGUACACAAUCCUCUAAUAAAGAAAUUCGGCUGUGCUUCGCUGGCAGUAGUAUUUCUCCUCGGCUGCCCUACUUAAUAGGGCACUGCCAGCAGCCACCCGUUACCCUGUCCCUUACAGUGCCACUCUGUUCAGCUGACCACUUGCUCAAGAUGGCUACAGGAACACUUCCGGCAUCUUCCCGAACAAGGCCCGCCUCCAUUGCGUAUUUUCGCUGCGCCGGGGGCGGGACUUAGACUUAGCUUUUGAUUGGUCAACUUGACUAGCGACCUUUCCCCUCCGCGACAGUUUCCCGAGGUGCCUAGUGCCUGAGCGGCACGGACGAGAGUAAGAAGGGAGGCAAGAUGGCGGACGUGCUGGAUCUUCAUGAGGCCGGGGGCGAGGAUUUCGCCAUGGAUGAGGAUGGGGACGAGAGCAUCCACAAACUGAAAGAAAAGGCGAAGAAACGGAAGGGCCGCGGCUUUGGCUCCGAAGGGUCUCGAGCGCGGAUGCGUGAGGAUUAUGACAGCGUGGAGCAGGAUGGUGAUGAACCCGGACCACAGCGCUCUGUUGAAGGCUGGAUUCUGUUUGUCACUGGAGUACACGAGGAAGCCACUGAAGAAGACAUCCAUGACAAAUUUGCAGAGUAUGGAGAAAUAAAAAACAUCCACCUCAACUUGGACCGGCGUACAGGAUACCUGAAGGGGUAUACUCUAGUUGAGUAUGAAACAUACAAGGAGGCCCAGGCUGCUAUGGAGGGACUCAAUGGCCAGGAUCUGAUGGGACAGCCGAUCAGUGUGGACUGGUGUUUUGUUCGGGGUCCACCCAAGGGCAAGAGGAGAGGUGGCCGAAGACGCAGCAGGAGUCCAGACCGGAGGCGGCGCUGACUGGUCCUCUCUUGUCCAGAUGUUCUCUCCAGAGAUUCCUUGUGACCAUACAGCCUUGGAGAAGUAGGGUUGGGGUGGAACUCCCCGUGUUUAUAUUUAACUCUCACUCUACUUGCUUAGUGGGUUGUGGGUUUUUUUUGAGUUAUGAAUAAAUGUCCCAUUUUUGUUUUGUA